GCUCAAGCCACCAUUGGAUUUUUAGUUACAGUACCCCGCUGGGAUUUUGAUUUGGAGAAGCUUGAGGCCAUGGCAGCCCGGGUUAUCCUUUCAUUGCUCUUCCUGCCUGUGGCAUUGGCUGAGAAAUGGGCUGUCAUUGCUGCUGGCUCCCAAGGCUUUAUGAACUAUCGUCAUCAGGCAGACGCUUGCCAUGCUUACCAGAUUAUGCUGAAGAGUGGCGUGCCAGCUGCAAACAUCAUCCUCAUGAUGCAGGAUGACGUGGUGAAGAGUUCGGAGAAUCCCUUCCCUGGACAGCUCUUCAACAAACCGGGCAAUGCAUCUCUGGAUGUCUACAAGGGUUGCAAGGUUGAUUACUCUGGGGACAUUGUCACAGCUCAGCUCUUUCUGGAUGUGCUCACUGGCAAGGGGAAGGGCAAGGUGCUCAAGAGCACGGAGAAAGACACGGUCUUUGUCAAUUUUGUCGAUCACGGAGGUCCUGGCAUUGUUGCUUUCCCAAACGGCCCUUUCCUGCAUGUCAAGGACCUUUCCAAGACUCUGGAGACCAUGCAGAGCCAAAAGAUGUUUAAUCAGCUGGUGUUCUACAUGGAGGCAUGCGAGAGCGGUUCCAUGUUCCCAGAUCUGAAAGAUGAUGGCAAGAUUCUGGCUGUGACGGCUUCCAAUGGCAAGGAGUCGUCUUGGGGCACCUACUGUGGUGAUGAAGCCGUGGUCAAGGGCAAGAACAUUGGUUCCUGCCUGGGCGACCUGUUUUCAGUGAACUGGAUGGAGGAUGACGACCUGGGCAAAUUGGCAUCUGAGACCUUCCGCUCACAGAUUUCGAAGGUGACCAAACUCACCAACAAGAGCCAUGUUUGCAGCUUUGGUGACAAGUCUUUCGAGGAUGAGGCUAUCGGCCGAGUGGAAGGGGCCUUGAUCUCUGAUGUCUUCUCGGACUCCUCUAAGGGUGCGGUGGACGCACGUGACAUUUAUGUGACUCAAGCCUACUGGGCAUGGCAAAACGCGGCCGUGGAUCAGAAGGAGAAGGCUUGGGCUCGUUUUGUGGGCAUUGUGAACGAUCGCGAGAGGGAUGAUCAACUCUUUGCUACAAUGGGCCGACAAGCGUGUGCAGGUUCCACCAAAGUGCAGUUGGACGAGUGCCAGCAGAGCAUUUUGGGAGACCGUGCUGAGAUGAAGGACAUGGACUGCCACAAGAAGUUGGCAACUCUUGUGCACGAGCACUGCCCUGUCUCUUCCAGCCAUCAUGCCACAGGCGGCUGGAAUGGCUACAACAUGAAGUUCUCCCAAGUGCUUCUGAACCUUUGUGAGCACCAAGAGGAACUUGGGCAGAGUGUGGAUCAGCUGGCCCAAAUUGUCGAAGAGGAAUGCAGCAAGGUCAAGGCGGUCGUCACCGAAGUGGUGGUUUGAAAUGCCCUGAGCAGCAGGCUGCAUGAAGCUGCUCAAUUUUGAUGACUUCACUGAUUUGAAAUGUAGUGAUGACUGGAGCCUCCUAUGUGCGCUUGGCACGGGCAAUCGCAGCUUGUGAAAAACUUAUGUGCGGCUGCCUUUCGCCUCACCGAUGUUUCAAUAGCAGGCCAAGCCAACAUGAUAUAGGAAAGUGCGGGGUGCAAUUUUCCUUUGAAGUGGAUAGUAGAGAGAUGUCGUGACUGAGUCGGUCAUUCCUUUUGGAACUCCAUCGAAAUGCAGUGGUUCUAGCCUAAUUAUUCUAGUG